AUGUUCGCAUCCGCUGGACAGCAACAUCCUCAGAUUGUUCCUAAGGAAGAGGAAUCUAUACUAAACUAUCUCCUUGAAGUGAGAUCCUCCUUGGCCAAACUUAAGCAAAACAGAACUCAAUAUUUAAACUCUAAGGAUGUUCAGACAACUUACCAACAUGUCUUAACCAAAGUCAGAGAGUUGGACGAUAUCAGAAAAAAUAGCCAUGAGACACCGGCUAAGAGCGCUGCCACUUUGAUUCACAACACGGAGUUACAUAACAGAGUGGACUCUGUAUUGGAUGACGUCUUUCAAUUGCUCUCACUAUGCUUUUUGACCGUUGGCUUGAAAAAUUCUGCACCGGCGACUUAUGCAUCGUUAUCUACUGUGGAAAGUCUUUUAGAACAUCUAAAUGAAUCGAACGUUUUCACUCACCAUGACUUGAGUCCUAUCAAAGAAAGAUUAGACGAAAUUAGCAAGAUUGUUGAGCAAAAAAACUCUAGUUCCACCUACAAUGAGGAUGGAAAUGAUGACCGGUUGAGAGAGAUUGAUAAUGAAAGAAAAAAGAAUAAAAUCGAAGAAGAUCUAUUGCUACGUGCUAAAUUAAAGCAUUGUAAGGACGAAUACGAUACACUGGAAAGCAAAUUAGAAGAAAUUGAUCCGUCUUUGUCUAGUGUGAUGGAGAAAUUAUUCCGGAUUAGGAGAGGUUUACUAUCACUAGUCGCAUCUGCUAAGAAAACAAUGUCCAAAUCUAGUGCUAAUAUCAAUUCUUUAUUGCGGGAACAAAAUGAUUCGCAAGCGAAUAAUAAUGGGUUGAUGGAUGAUAAGCACUUAGUAUCCCAAGAAUAUGUCCAUGAGAAACUAUCGGUCUUGAAGGAUGAACUGAAUGAAUUAGAGUCUAACCGUGAUGACUCUGGUAAAUUCAAGUCCUUGGAAACCCACCAGGUGGCAGUAAACGGUCAAAGCGUUCUCAAUGGUCUAUUAGAUGACUGUCAUGAUUUGAUUAACGAUUUAUCACAUCAAACAAAUGGCGGGUUGUCAUUAGAUCCUUAUUUGCAACCAAUAUAUGAACAGCUGAUCGAUAUAAAGACUACUUUAGAAAAUCUGAUGAUCACAAGAAGAUGGACUUUGAGAGAAACAGAUUUGUUUUCUUACCAGAAGAAAUUGAACGAGAUCGAUAACAAAAGAAUCAAUGGUAAGUUUCCAACAAAAUCUCAGGACUCAAAGGGACAAUCAAUACUGUUAUACCUGUUGCGUAGGUGUUAUGCCAUAAUUUAUAAACUGUUGGAAAGUUCAGAACCUGUAUCUGAAGCUUUACAGCCAAUCCAUAAUCAGCUAUCCACAGUCCGUCGUUGUCUAUUGGAAUUGAAGAGAAUGGGUGGCGUGAAUAACGAAAGAGAGCUAUAUCCGUAUCAAAUGAAAUUGGCUUCACUAGAUAACCUGAGAACCGACGGUAUAUUCUAUGACUCAGAUGGUAACAUUCCUGAAGGACAAGGUAUAUUAAAUGCUUUGUUAGCAGAAUGUUUUGAUAUCUUGCAUGAAUUAAAAGUGGAAGCGGAAGAAAGAGCACAGAACCCUAGUUCAAGUGAUAACUCCGAUGAUGGGGAUAAUGAAGAAUCAGUUGUAGAUUCGAACUCUGAAACUGAAUCGGAAUACCAACGGGAGUAG